AUGCAGCUGUUUGAGGUCAUCCUAAAGCAGUACAAGCAGCUGCGAAGCCGCGGUGCCUACCUGCAAAACUACACCAAGGAGCAUCCCAUGUUCGAGAACAGCUUCGAAGAGUUCGAUGUAUCGGCGGCUGUGGUGCAAGAGCUCAUCGAGGAGUACGCAGCCAGCGAACGCGAAGACUACGCCAAGUGGGGCCAACCGUGA